AUGGCCAGCUUAAAGAGAUCCUUCGAGUCCGACCCGUUCGCCCAGAACAUUUCGAGCAAGGUCUACGUGCGCUCGACCAAGAGUGGCAAGGUGCAGAAGAUUGUGCGCGAGGUCUACCUCCGUCAAGAUAUCCCCUGCUCGUCCAAGCUCUGCAAUUCCUGCCUCAAGAUCGCACCCAGAGAUGCCGCCAACCGGCCGAUUCCCUUCGUCCUCUCCGAAAAACCCGCCGGCACCAGCGUCUUCACACAAGGCCACUACAUCGUCCCCGACACCAAUGCCUUCCUCAGCGCCAUGGACCUGUUCGAGCAGAGCUCCGCCUUCUACGAUGUCGUAGUCCUACAGGUUGUUCUCGAGGAAGUCCGCGCCCGCUCGCUGCCGCUGUACAACCGACUCAUUAGCUUGACCAAGAGCGAAGACAAGCGAUUCUACGUCUUUUUCAACGAGUUCCGCCUUGAGACCUACGUCACCCGCGAAGAGGGCGAGUCCGUCAACGAUCGCAACGACCGCGCCGUGCGCAAAGCCGUUAAGUGGUAUAACGAACAUCUCUCCAAGACAUCCAAGAAGGCACCCGCCGUGGUUAUGCUGAGUAAUGAUCGCGACAAUCUGCGGAAGGCCAAGGAGGACGACAUCCCGGCCUACUCUCUGGCGGACUAUGUCAGACAGCUCAAGGAUGGCGAUCAGCUUCUGGACAUGAUCCCCGAAGUGGAGGAGCGUGAUGCUCUUAUCGAAAAGAAACCCGGACAGUUCCUUUACCCCGAAUACUACACACUGUCCAAGAUGAACACGGGCGUCAAGAAUGGCUUGUUGCACCAGGGCAUCUUCAACGUCUCGCCUUACAACUACCUGGAAGGCUCCAUCAGAGUCCCUGCGUUCCCCAAGGCGCUACUAAUACUGGGCAGAGAAAACAUCAACCGCGCUGUUGACGGUGACUUGGUUGUGGUGGAAGUUCUGCCAAAGGACCAGUGGAAGGAACCCUCAACCAAGGUCAUUGAGGAGGAGACUGUCACAAAGAACGAGAACCCAGACACAGAAGAGGGAUCGGACCUGAUCUCAGAAAAGGAGCGCAAGGCGCUGCAAGAAGAGGCGAAGCGGACGUUGGCCAAGACCACCGAAGGCCAUGCUCUGCCAACCGCAAAGGUUGUUGGUAUAAUCAAGCGGAACUGGCGUCAGUAUGUCGGCCAUAUCGACCAGUCUUCAGUCAGUUCGUCAGGGCAAGGGCGGAAGCAAGACAGUGUUUUUGUUAUCCCGAUGGACAAGAAGAUUCCCAAGAUCCGUCUACGCACCAGGCAGGUCGCCGAGCUCCUUGGAAAGAGGAUUCUCGUCACGAUCGAUGCUUGGGACAGGACAUCUCGCCACCCGACCGGUCACUUUGUCCGGUCUCUUGGUGAGCUCGAGACGAAGGCUGCUGAGACAGAGGCUUUGUUGCUUGAGUACGAUGUUCAGUAUAGGCCCUUCCCCAAGACUGUCCUUGACUGUCUCCCCAAGGAGGGUCACGAUUGGAAGGUGCCCGCAAGUAUGGACGACCCAGGAUGGAGAGACAGACAGGACCUCCGGGACCUUCUUAUCUGCAGUAUCGAUCCUAUCGGUUGUCAGGAUAUUGACGAUGCGCUCCACGCUCGCGCUCUUCCUAACGGCAAUUUCGAGGUUGGUGUGCACAUUGCUGAUGUGUCCCACUUCGUGAAGCCCAACAAUGCCAUGGAUACCGAAGCCAGCAUUCGUGGCACAACUGUCUACCUGGUCGAUAAGCGUAUUGACAUGUUGCCUAUGCUGUUGGGUACUGAUCUCUGCUCGCUCAAGCCCUACGUCGAGCGUUACGCUUUCUCCGUCAUCUGGGAGAUGAACUCCAACGCCGACAUUGUCGGCUCGAGGUUCACCAAGUCGGUCAUCAAGUCUCGUGAGGCCUUCAGCUACGAGCAAGCACAGCUCCGCAUCGACGACGCUUCGCAACAAGACGAGCUUACCAACAGCAUCCGGACGCUACUUGAGCUCUCCAAGAAGCUGAAGCAGAAGAGGUUGGACGCCGGUGCUCUCAGUCUCUCGUCCCCCGAGAUCAAGGUCCACAUGGAGUCCGAGACUUCCGAUCCCAUUGACGUCAAGACCAAGGAGCACCUGCCCACCAUGUCUCUCGUCGAAGAGUUCAUGCUUCUCGCCAACACCAGCGUGGCCGCCAAGAUCUACGAGGCCUUCCCGCAAACCGCCAUCCUCCGUCGCCACGCGGCCCCGCCCAAGACCAACUUCGACGAGCUCGCCAACCAGCUGCGCGUCAAGAAGGGUCUCGACCUCUCCGUCGAGUCCUCGCGCGCCCUCGCCGACAGCCUCGACCUCUGCGUCGACCCCAAGGAGCCUUUCUUCAACACGCUCAUCCGCAUCAUGGCCACGCGCUGCAUGAUGUCCGCCGAGUACUUUUGCUCCGGCACGCAAUCCUACCCCGAGUUCCGCCAUUAUGGUCUCGCGUCCGAGAUCUACACCCAUUUCACCUCGCCCAUCCGCCGCUACGCCGAUCUGAUGGCCCAUCGCCAGCUCGCCGCCGCCAUUGAGUACGAGGCCGUCCACCCGGCCGUCCGCUCGCGCGGCCGCCUCGAGGCUGUGUGCAAGAACAUCAACGUGCGCCACCGCAACGCGCAGCUGGCCGGCCGCGCAUCCAUCGCUUACUACGUCGGUCAGGCUCUGCGCGGUAAAGCCACGGAGGAGGACGGCUUCGUCAUGAAGAUCUUCAGCAACGGCUUUGUGGUGCUGGUGCCGAGGUUCGGCAUCGAGAGCUUGAUUCGCCUGCGCGACCUGGCGGAGCCGGAGCCGGCGGCGACGUACGACGCUGAGACGUACACGCUUACGACGUCGGGGAGCAGGGAGGUCAAGGUGGAGCUGUUCCAGAAGGUUAGGGUCAGGGUGACGGAUCAGAAGGAUGAGACGACGGGGAAGAGGGGCGUCAAGAUGGAGCUUGUUAGUACUUAUUAG